AUGCAGUACCGUCUGUCGGGCAGCGUCGCCCACCAAGGCCUGUGGCGGUACUGCAUGUCGGGCAAGUGCUACAUGCAGACGGACAGCAUCGCGUACUGGAACGCCACUCGCGCCUUCAUGAUCCUGUCGGCCAUGUCGUGCUUCGCCGGGAUCAUCGCCGGGAUCCUGUCCUUCGCCCAUUUCUCCGCCUUCGAGAGAUUCAACCGCUCCUUCGCCGCUGGCAUCAUGUUCUUUGUUUCCACCCUCUUUGUGUUGCUGGCGAUGGCCAUUUACACCGGAGUGACCGUGAACUUCCUGGGCAAGCGCUUUGGGGACUGGCGGUUCUCCUGGUCCUACAUCCUCGGCUGGGUGGCUCUGCUCAUGACGUUCUUUGCAGGGAUCUUCUACAUGUGCGCCUACAGAAUGCACGAGUGUCGGAGGGUGGCGGGACCACGGACGGGCCUGACUCUCCCCUCUGAGUUUGCCCGACUUCCUCCGUGGAUUGGCUCUGAGGUGAGACUCCUCUCUUCCUCCUUCGCCUCCUCAGAUUGUGGGUUAGUCUUGAUGUCUCCGGCUCUUGGUAUUUCGUCAGGUGGAUUAUUCGGUGGCUAG